AUGUCGACCAUCGCCAUGAGCGAGGACACGUCGCUACUCAUGGAUCACCGCGGCCAUACGCUCAGUUCAACAUCCACGCCUCGCUCACCCUUUGAGACGGGAUUCCCCACGCUUUUUGCGUCGCCUCUCCCAACACCACGACCACAUCGUUUGGCGCUUACCAAGCCGCAACGUAGACACCGUGAGCUGCACGUGUUUCUUACGUUUACCAUGUCCACAGUAGGCGCCGGUAUGCUGUCCGUGCCCUACACGUUCCUAUUAGUGCCGACUUGGGCUGCAGUGCUGGGUAUCGUCAUUGUAGGCGUUGGUAUGGCACUCACAGCCAACGCACUACUGCUAUCGCACGUGCAACUGGCCAAGCAGGAAGAAGAGCAGGGGAUUAUUGGCUCGGGCAGAAGCUUUGCCUCCUUUCAGGCCAUUGCAGUAGCAGCAGGAGGAGACGCACUUGGCUACGCGGUCUCCAUCGUCACGGCCGUUGGUGUCUAUGGAGGAUGCGUGGGAUGUGUGCGCAUCGUGCGUGACAUUGCUCCGUUCCUUGUUGUCAUGCUCCAUCGAUUCGUGGUGGAUACGCAACCUUUGUUAUUGACAACGGCACAGCAGAUUGGGGACUACGUCAUGUGGAUGGUGUUCGUGGUCGUGGUGUUUCCACUAUGUCUAAUGAAGAACUUGACCAAGCUGCAUAUAUCGAGCUACCUCGGAUUUUUCUUCUCGCUGUAUCUGCUUGUGGCUAUCAUCUACCGAAGUUAUAACGCUUUGGAACCAAGGGACCGAGACGGCGGAAAUGUUCCUGUUAACACUACAGUGUCAGUUGCUGGCACGGUUACUGCAGCCGUCAACAUAGUAGCUGUAGCGUCGGAGGAAACAGCUGCUUUAGCUGCUGCUGCGAAGUUACCGACGGUAAUAACGGGGUCGACCUUGUCAAAAUUUGCUUAUGCGAUCUCGAUCUACAAUUACGCAUUUAUGAUGCACCUGAACUUGGUUCCGCUGUUUAUCCAGCUCCGCGGCAGCUUCUCUGACCCUCUGAAAGAGACAAGCUGGAAAAUGUCACGCUGCAUCUUUGGACUCAGCGCUUUUUGCGUGGUGUUCUAUUCCAUUUUCGGCUUCUUCGCAGAGAAAUUGUACUCUGUGACAGUCCGCGGCAAUGUUUUGCUGAAUCUUGAGAAUGACCCGCUCAUGAACGUGCCGCUAGUUGCGGUAUUCAGUACUGUGGUGCUGUCUUACCCAUUGCUGUUCCAUCCUCUACGGAGUGUGCUGGAAGAACUCUUUUACUCCACCAACCUCGACAACAUUCCGUUCGUGGAUCGCCUGGGGGUAUCGACGAUUCUGUUAUUCUCGCAGAUACUGCUGGCGAUCGUUGUUCCUGGAAUUGAAGUCAUUUUCGGUCUCACUGGAGCAGUUACCUGCUUCAUGAUGUGUUUCUUCUUCCCUGUUAUCUUUUUCUCGAGACUUUACCCAUGGGACCAAGUUCGAGGUGGAAAGCUGUGGAUCACGGCUCUGUGGGUCAUGGUCGCGUUUGUCAUGAUUACCGCGCGCGAUAAAUUGGGGCAGAUCCUGGAUCGCGUGCUGGAAAAGAUGGCAGUCAAUGUGAUCACCAAUUGUAUCGAGACAUCUGAGUCCGAGUCUCAAGUGUUCACGAGUAGUGAAAAAGACCAACUCAAGAAGAUGCUUGGGAUCGAAGAUGCGCAGAUCCAAGAGGUAGUUGACAUCGCAAAGGAAAUCUUCGGAAACGCCGCCACCUUUGGAGAAGUGGAUCGGACUUUGCUGCGGUCGCGUGGUGUGCACGACAAGUUGGUGCAAGCAGUCGAGAAGAUGUGGAGGAAGAAAGGUCGCGCUAUGGCGAAGCAGAUUGAGUUGUAUCAAACGGUCGAGACGCCCGCGUUGGUGCUGCAGAAGACGGACUGGCGUCUACAUCUGCAGAUGGGGAGCAGCAAACGCAGCGGACAGUCGGAGCCGACUGCCAUUUUUCAGUUGAACGUGGCGGACAAGAGCUCGGCUACGAAAGAGAUUGAAAAGCUGGACAUUGAACUAUCGCACGCAGAGCUGCGCUCGUUGUUUCUGCAACUCAAUACCAUUCAAGCAGAGCUAGAUGCGUCGGAAACGCCAUCCGUAACCGUAAGGGCAUGUAGCUCCGAGUAUUUGGAGUAG